UGCGGGAAAAUAACUUUGAAGGGUUUUUGGACAUUUCUUUUCUUUCAUUCGUCUCAUAAACGUUCUACUGGUAUUUACUAGUUCAGACAGAUAUGCCAGACAACCGUGAUCAAUAUCUCAUGAAAAUUGUCGGCCCAGAACCUUUAUGAGUAUUGUUUGACAUCGUCGUUGUUGUUACGUGAGGCCAUGUGGCCCCUCCUUCUGGACAUGACUCGUGAAGAGUCUAAGCGGGUGCUGAGACGCCUGGAACUGGAGGCCUACUCCUCAGUUAUCUCUGUCUUCAGGGCUCAAGGGGAUCUCACCAAGGAGAAGAAAAAACAGCUCCAGGAGUUACAGAACACACUGAGCAUAUCUACUGAACGUCACAGAGCUGAGGUGAGAAGAGCGGUGAAUGAUGAGAAACUGUGCACCAUUGCUGACAACACAUUUGGCCCUGACACAAGUUCAGAAUGGCUGAUAGAAGGGAGGCGAUUGGUGCCAUUGAUGCCCCGCCUUGUUCCCCAGACAGCCUUCACGCUGACAGCUAAUCAGGCGGCUAACAUGCAGGCAGAGCUUAAUGCCUCUUUACCCACACCAUCAGAGACGGGCAACAAAGAUUUGAGUUCCCCACCAGUUGUGACCACGCCUACUAUGACACCGACAGCCGUUGCAAAAAUGCCACGCCCAGGAAGUCCAUCAAACGUUGUGGUUCUGCCCAGUGGAUUCUCAGUACACAUCAAGGACGAAGUAGAGGAAGUGCAGAGCAGGAAGCGUAAGAGGAGCCAGUCUGCGGAGGGUGCGGCAUUAGGAGGCGACUUGGCUCCUGUGCCCCACCCCAGAGUCAGCUACACCACCCAGACCUCCCACUCCCCUUCCCCGAUGAAGAUCACCAUCAGUAAGAGUCCGCAGACAAAGACGCACAACUCUGUCACCACGACACCCCCACAGAAGGUUAUAUUACUGUCAAGCUCUGGCCAAUCCACAGCUGCUAACAUCUUACAGAAGUCAGUGUCCGUGCCCGUCAUGCGAACUGGGUCUAGCUCUCACACAACCUACACCUCUGGCGUCCCCAAAACCUCCAUUGUUUACCCAGGAUCCUCCUCUUCCCCAGCAUCCAAUGGAAAUUUAGGAAACAUUGUCACUGUGGCGACAACAUCAGCUCUGCAGAAUGUGUCAACCACUGGAGCCCCGUCACAGGUGUUUUCCCAGCAGCAGGGAGGGUCUGUAGGGUUUGCCACACCCACUGGAGCUCUGACAAAACCACGCAUGAAAACUGUCACCCGACAACGACUGACACAUAGCGGAGUGACCUCCCUUACAGGACAGCGCCCUGGCCUAGUGGUGCCGAUGUCCCCACAGUCUGUUCACGGUGUACCCCAUUCUGGUCACAUGAAAACUGUGGGCAAACCUACAAUACAGAUUAAACAGGAGGGGGGAAUGAAGAUCAUCACCCAGACCCUGCCCACUUCCUCUAAGCUCCUCCCCAAACCAUCAGCCUUGGGCUCAUCGGGCACACCCAUUGUGGUCGUCAGCAGUAGCUCACAAACGCACACGUCAGGCUCAGUCACUAUGGUAACUAGACCUGUGACCUCAUCAGGGGUUGCAGCAUCUCUUGGGAGCAAAAUUCUCAACAUCACAACCCAGGGAGGAAAGGUCAUUGCCACGACGAACAAAUCCCCAAAUGUGGUGACGGUGAAUCCCAAGACAUUACAUCUGACAGCGGUGAAAACCGCAGCGGGAGUGGCGGGUGGCAAACCCAACGUGAUUGUUGUUCAGAAGAGUCAGGGGAAGAAGCUGAUUGGUCAGGGGACUACCAUGGUUACCACAAAGGCAGGAACUUCAUUACCAUUUGAGAAGGAGCUUGUAAGUUUUAUCCAGAAACAUGACCCACAGAAAAUAGUCACGGCCAAAACCCUGGACAACAAAGUUAUCCUCACAACCAGUGCUCAUGACUUCCGUGCUCUAAAGAAAUCUCGCCCAGAGGCUGAUGGGAAGACGUCGUUGUUGGCAGAGCUAAUACAGGCUGCUGGCAUGAGCUCAGACUCACCCGGUUCAUCUUCCGUGACUUCCUCACCCAUUAUAAUAGAGGAGAGCACCCCAGCAGGGGAGAUAACCACCACACAGUCCAGUUUACCCAUUAAAGCGGUAACGCCAGCCCUGCCCCCGAACUUGGCCAACGAAUGGUUUGAGUAUGAUGUCACAGAUGAUGUCCAAUCAGGUUCCCCGGCUUCCCAGCCUAAACCAGGGCAGCCAGCCUCAGACCUGAGCCAGGAUUCCAGUGGUGAUCCAUUAUCACAAGACCAAUUCUACACACUGGAACAAGCUAUGAGUAUGGUGAACCCAGUCCCUCAGACGAAGGGCGUGGCUGAGACAGAGGGGGUCACAGUAGAGGGGGUGGGGACAACAACGAUGACGGACCCAGCCAGCAUCAACCAAUCACAACAGAUCGCCCAAGGCAAGACCCCAGCUGAGGCAGAAAUGAAAGACAGCUUCACAAAACUAGGGUCAUUGACCUCAGUAGUUCCCAGUCUGAACCCUGACCUCUUACCUGGUGACCUUGAUCCUCAGACGGGCAUCUUCCACUCCACGGGGUCUAGUGUACAUGUGGGCAGUUCCGGGGAAGACACAAACAAACCAGCCAGCAGCCAGUCAAUGGACUUACUGAGCACAUCGCUGGCUCAGGCUCAAAUUGACCUUGACCCUUAUGAGUUCAUGGAGGAGGACAUGGUGGCCUUGACCUCAUUGUCUGGUCAGGAUGUCAAGGUCCCACCCCAGGCAACUGACCUUGAACCAACGAAGCCUGUGGGUCAAAAGGCACAGAAGGAAGCACUGGUCAGCAUUUUGACGGGGAAUGUUGUUCAGGACACUGGACAGUCGACGGCUGGGAAAGGUCAGGUCAUCCGUGACCUCCCCUCUAGCGCCUCACAAGAUGGGAGUGAGGCUCCAGCCAGAGCUACAUCUAGUUUCAUUCCUCUGGAGGAAUUGAGCAACAAAGCCUCUGGAGCCUCAAUAAACAUUACAACUCAGGCACCUGGUUUGUCAGGAGGAGAUAACUCUAGUGUGACUGUGACCAUGUUACCCAAAGCUGUGGACCCCGGAGCUUUGACGUUAGAUGAGCUGACGAGCCAGAGACUGGAAGCCAGCGAUGAAGUUUUGUCUGCUCCUUCCCCAGAAAUUGACCUCACCCCCUGUGAGUCCUCUGAGGUUGUAGGGUCGCAGAGCACCAGUGAAUUCUGUAGUCAGAGUGCCCUAUUCGGGGACCAGGGGAGCCUUAGCGAGCCUGGGAACAUCAGUGAUGGAGGUCAGUCCGACUCCAGCCUCACCCGUGCCAGCAAACGGCGUCGUAAACCACCCACGUCUUUCGACGAAAGCCCCACUCCCUCCUCAACAGGCAGCUGGGUUAGGGCUGCACUGGGAAUAUUGAGCAAAGUAUCCAAGGUACGAGGAUCAAACAAGGACAAGUCCGAUUUUGAUGCAUCUUCAUGGUUCCUUUAUCCAGUUGAUCCUGAGGAUGCCCCAGAUUAUUUCCACAUCAUCCAAAACCCCAUGGACUUUAGCACCAUCAAGAGGAAACUAGAGUCGUCUCAGUACUCAGAUUUUGACGAGUUUCACGCGGACAUGAUGCUUGUGUGUGAAAACUGUAACACGUACAAUCCCCCCGGUCAUCAGGCCAGACAGGACUGCCAGGAGGUGUUUGGUAUCUACCAUCAGGAAUACAGCAGACUCAUGGACAAGUGGCAGAAGACGCACAUCUCUUCUCCAGUUGCCAAGAAAUUAAAGCUGGACAAAAGUCCAGGGAAGUCAUGAUAAAAGUGAUGUAAAUGUUGGAGAAACAAUGAGGAUGUGUGGUCAUCAGUAUAGAUGUUCAUAUACAGCUUUGAAUCCAGGUCAAGAAUUCAAAAUAUUUCAUAGAGCCACCUGAUCCAUGGUUACCUAGGCCAUCUGGAGAUUAUCAAGACUGUGUGAAUCCAACCAUAUACUCCAGGGUUGUAAAUCCAACCGUUUGAUCCAGGUUUGGCUGAAGACCAUGUGAAUCCAAGCAUUUGAUCCUGGGUUAGCUGAAAACCAUGCGAAUCCAGGGUUGGCUGAAGAUCAUUUGAAUGCAACCCUUUGAUCCAGCGCUAGCUGAGAACAUGUGGAUCUAGCCAUCUGAUCCAGUGUUAGCUAAAAACCAUGUGAAUCUAACCAUCUGAUCCAAGACCAGCUGAAGACCGUGUGAAUCCAACCAUCUGAUCCAAGGCUGGCUGAGACCAUGUGGAUCUAGCCAUCUGAUCCCGGGUUAGCUGAGGCCAUGUGAAUCUGGCCAGUCAAAGAUCAUGUGACUCUGGCCAGCUGAAGACCAUGUGAAUCCAAACAUCUGAACCUGGGUUGGCUGAAGACCAUGUGAAUCCAAACAUCUGAACCUGGGUUGGCUGAAGACCAUGUGAAUCCAAACAUCUGAACCUGGGUUGGCUGAAGACCAUGUGAAUCCAAACAUCUGAACCUGGGUUGGCUGAAGACCAUGUGAAUCCAAACAUCUGAACCUGGGUUGGCUGAAGACCAUGUGAAUCUAACCAUCAGAACCUGGGUUGGCUGAAGACCAUGUGAAUCCAAACAUCAGAACCUGGGUUGGCUGAAGACCAUGUGAAUCCAACCAUCUGAACCUGGGUUGGC